AUGGAUGGCAUAGAAAGUUUUAUUAAAGCUGCCGAAGCUAAUAGAUUGAAUGUUGGAAGUCAAAAGAUUUGGUGUCCUUGUAUGAUUUGUAAAAAUUUCCAACAAUAUGAUGAUGUCAAAGAUAUAGAGUUUCAUUUGAUGAAAGAUGAUUUUAUGCCUAAAUACACUUGUUGGUCAAUGCAUGGGGAAUCACGCGUUGAACAUGGCACGUCGUCAAUUAGUUUAGGCAAUCAUGACAAUGACAAUUUAAAUGUCCGCAGUGACAAUUUAAAUGUCCCUAGUGACAAUUUAAGUGAAAUGCUUAAUGAUUUAGAGACUAAUGUUGAUGAUAUCGAUCAAGAAAAGUUAAAGAAGCUAAUUGAUGAUUCAGAAAAACCAUUAUAUACCGGUUCUGAGAUUAGUAAAGUAGAUGUUGUGUUGAAGUUGUUUAACUUAAAGUCAAAACACGGAUGGAGUGAUAAAAGUUUUACAGAUCUAUUAGUGCUUUUACAUGACAUUCUUCCAAAAGGUAAUGAGUUACCAAUUUCGUUAUACCAAGCAAAAAAAAUGACGUGUCCGAUGGGAUUAGAAGUUCAAAGAAUACAUGCAUGUCCAAAUGACUGUAUGUUGUAUGUAAAGGAUUUCAAGCAAGAUCAUAAAUGUUUUUAUUGUGGUGUGUCAAGGUAUAAGCGUAAAUUUGAAACAGAUGAAGUUAACGAUGAUGUGACAAAAAAUGGACCACCAGCUAAAUUGUUGUGGUACCUCCCAAUUAUACCUAGACUGAAACGGUUAUUUUCAGAUGAGAAAGAAGCAAAGUUAUUGCGUUGGCAUUCAGAUAGUCGUGUAAAGGAUGGAAAAUUAAGACAUGUAGCGGAUUCACCCCAAUGGAGAAAUAUUGAUAACAUGUUUCCUGAGUUUGGUAACGAGAUAAGAAACAUACGGUUGGGACUUAGUUCAGACGGGUUCAACCCUUUUGGAAACAUGAGCAGUCGUCAUAGUCCGAAACAACCUGGUAAUAACAUUGAUGUUUAUUUGUCUCCUUUAAUUGAUGACUUAAAAACUCUAUGGAAUACAGGUGUAGAAGUAUAUGAUGCUUAUAAGAAAGAAUAUUUUAAAUUGCGGGCCAUGAUUUUUUGCACCAUAAGUGAUUUUCCAGCAUAUGGUAAUUUGUCAGGAUACAAGACGAAAGAAAUCGGGUUGAGAAAGAAGCCAUUUGGAAAAAAAAAGUCAAUCUUUUGGGAUUUGCCUUACUGGAAGAAUUUACAAGUUCGACAUUGUCUAGAUGUAAUGCAUAUAGAGAAAAAUGUAUGUGAGAGCUUGAUAGGCUUAUUGUUAAACAUACCCGGGAAAACUAAAGAUGGGAUUAAUGUCCGUAAAGACAUGGAAGAAAUGGGAAUACGUAAAAAACUUGCUCCUGUCGCGACACCCGGAGGAAAAUUUUAUCUGCCACCUGCGUGCUAUACUAUGUCAAAAGAUGAAAAAACAAAGUUUUGUAAAUGUUUACAAGAUAUUAAAGUUCCAUCCAGCUAUUCUGCAAACAUUAAAAAGCUGGUGUCGAUGAAAGACUUAAAAUUGCUUGGUAUGAAGUCUCAUGAUUGUCAUGUUUUGAUGACACAUAUGAUUCCAAUUGCAGUACGUGGAUUGUUACCGGAUUACCUCCGACAUACAAUUACAAAACUUUGUUUGUUUUUUAACAAGAUACACUCAAAAGUUAUUGAGCCCGAGUCACUUAAUGAGUGGCAAAAAGAAAUUAUCAUCACGCUUUGUGAACUUGAGAUGUACUUUCCUCCGUCUUUUUUUGAUGUGAUGGUUCACCUUGUAAUCCAUAUCGUUGGAGAAAUCCAGACAUGUGGCCCUGUAUUUCUACGCUACAUGUACCCUUUUGAAAGAUAUAUGGGUUUCUUAAAAGGUUAUGUACGAAACCAUAAUCGACCUGAGGGUAGCAUUGUUGAAGGAUAUACUUCUGAAGAGGUGGCUGAGUUUUGCACAGGUUAUUUGGAUGGUGUCAAAAGUAUUGGUGUUCCUCAAUCUCGUCACUCGGGUAGACUUGCAGGGAAAGGAGGUGUUGGUAUGAAAACAAUCCUCCCAAACCAUGAUGAUUUACAACUUGCACAUUUUGAGGUCCUGAAACACAUGGCUUGUAUUGCUCCAUACAUUACCGAACACAAGGGAACAUUACGGUCAACAUACCCGGGUAAGAGCGAAAUGUGGUAUGAAAAGAAGCAUAACAAAGAGUUUGCUGAUUGGAUUGAAACUAAGGUAAUGAGAUCUUCUGGCCAAAAAAAUGUUGAUAAAACCGUAGAAAGGUUGGGGCGGGGUCCAGAUGUUAGAGUAACAACUUAUCAAGGGUAUGACAUUAAUGGCUAUACGUUUUACACAAAAGAUCAAGAUGAAAAAAGUACAAUGCAGAAUAGUGGAGUUACAGUGAUAGCAUCAAGGGCAGAGUUUGACAAGAAUAAUCAUUCUACAAGGAUAAGAAUUGCCAAGGAUUCUUAUUAUGGUGUCAUACAAGAAAUUUGGGAAUUGAAUUACCAUGCCUUCGAGAUACCUGUGUUCAAAUGUAAGUGGGUAAAUAACCAUACAGGUGUUAUAGUUGACAAAUAUGGUUUUACACAAGUCGACCUCGCAACAAAUUCAUAUGCAUCCGAACCAUUCAUCCUCGCAGAACAAGUCACACAGGUGUUCUUUGUCAAUGACCUGAGCAAACGAAGAUACCACAUUGUAUUGCAAGGUAAACGACGUAUCCUUGGUGUUGAUGAUGUCGUCGACGAGGAAGAAUACAACCAGUUUGACGACCUACCACCAUUUUCUGUCGAUGUUCAACCAGGGAAUGAUGCAAAUGAUCAGACCAGUGCAUACUUACGAUCUGACCACACCGAUGGGAUAUAUGUUUGA